AUGGCUUCCCUUAGCCUGCUAUCCCCGCUCCGCCGUACUCUUCGCUCCUUUUUGGAGUUACCUGAUGGCCGGGCGGGUAGCUUUUGGCGUUGCCGGGAACCUGACUCUCUGGACACCCUCCAGAGAUUAAAUUUAGGGGCUACUGCGCCCUGUAGCACCCUUUCCUUGUCCGAAAUAGCACGGGAUUUGCCUCCCGGCAAAAUCCCCGUUUGCGGGAGGAUCGCGCUCCACCGGAAGUUCCGAAACAUCAGAGAUAUUUAG